GGCCAGCCCUCCCCUGGGGUGGAGCCACACCUGAGGCCAGCUCGGUCAGCCAGGGAUCAGCCGGCCUUCAACCCCGCGGAGGGGGAAUUGGCUCUGCUUGCCGCCCUGGGCGAACAGACUCCCCAGCGGCCCUGGCCAUGGCAUCGCAGGAACGGCUUCUCAUCCGCGGCGGUCGUGUGGUCAACGAUGACUUCUCGCAAGUGGCCGAUGUGCUGGUGGAGGACGGCGUGGUGCGCGCGCUGGGGCCGGGCCUGCUGCCCCUCGGGGACGCGCCCCGGGGGCUGCGGAUCCUGGACGCGGCGGGCAAGCUCGUCCUGCCUGGAGGCAUCGACACACACACGCACAUGCAGUUCCCGUUCAUGGGCUCGCAGUCGGUCGACGACUUCCACGAGGGCACCAAGGCUGCUUUGGCAGGAGGCACCACCAUGAUCAUUGAUUUCGCCAUUCCUCAGAAAGGCGGCUCCCUCAUUGAGGCCUUUGAGACCUGGCGCAACUGGGCAGACCCCAAAGUCUGCUGUGACUACAGUCUGCACGUGGCGGUGACAUGGUGGAGUGACAAGGUAAAAGAAGAAAUGAAAACCCUCGCCCAAGAGAAAGGCGUUAACUCCUUCAAGAUGUUCAUGGCCUACAAGGAUGUGUACAUGGUACAAGAUGAAGAGAUGCAUGCAGCCUUCUCUCAGUGUAAGGAGGUCGGUGCAAUCGCCCAGGUGCACGCUGAGAACGGAGUCCUGAUUGCAGAGGGAGCAAAGAAGAUGCUGGCGUUGGGGAUAACAGGCCCCGAGGGGCAUGAGCUGUGCCGCCCCGAAGCAGUGGAGGCGGAGGCCACCUUGAGAGCCAUCACCAUCGCCAGCGCCGUGAACUGCCCUCUGUACGUUGUGCACGUGAUGAGCAAAUCUGCGGCGAAGGUGAUAGCUGACGCGAGGAGAGAAGGAAAGGUGGUCUAUGGGGAGCCGAUUGCAGCUGGUCUCGGCACUGAUGGCACACACUACUGGAGUGAAGAAUGGCGUCACGCAGCCCACCACGUCAUGGGUCCUCCGCUCAGACCGGAUCCUUCAACACCGGGCUUUCUCAUGAAUCUGUUGGCUAAUGGCGACCUGACCACCACGGGGAGCGACAACUGCACUUUCAACACCUGCCAAAAGGCUCUAGGGAAGGACGACUUUACGAAGAUUCCCAACGGGGUGAACGGCGUUGAGGACCGGAUGUCGGUGGUAUGGGAAAAGGGCGUGCACAGUGGUAAAAUGGAUGAAAACAGAUUUGUGGCAGUUACCAGCACAAAUGCAGCUAAAAUCUUCAAUCUUUAUCCAAAAAAAGGAAGGAUAGCUGUGGGCUCAGAUGCUGACAUUGUGAUCUGGGACCCACAAGCUACAAGAGGCUGCAAAAGUUGUGUGAACCUGCUGGGAAUGGUAUGCAUAGAAAGGCACUAUGAACUUGCCAUCCCAGAGCCUGGCAAAUGCCCGCAUUCACACAGAGAGAAUGUGCGGAGCCCUGAAGAAAAUAAAAGGCUUAAUUUGAAAAGAACUGAAUUGGAAACUCAAAAUAAUUACAGCCUUUUAACAGCUUUGAGAUAGAAAGAUUCCAACACAAAAGACAUCACUUUUAGUAAGCCAGACUUUCCAGAUGCCCAGCCGCAGCCUGCCAUUCCCAUUAGGCUUAAGCCCUUUGUUCUCAGGUUCCAUAAGUCUGUGUUAAUAUUGGGGGUCUGCCAAACUCCACCAAUUCAAAAGAGCAUUUUACGGAGGCUGAAUUUCUGCUAAGUUCUUGUAACAUGUUGUCCCCAACAGAGCUUGCUCGCUCAUUUGUCCUUGUUGGUAAACACUCUGGGAGGAAACGCCACACACUAACAUUUGUGUGAUCGUGUGUGCAUACGUGGAAAUUUGAUGGCCCUUCUGCCUUCAUUAUGUGACAUUUAUUCAAGGUCUAGUUUUUAUCAGAGCAAAAGUGAAUAGUUUCUGGGAAGUGAUACUGUCACAAAGAUACAGCUUCAACGGAAAUGCCCUUGGCCACCUUCUGGGAAAAAGAAAUGGCCAUUUGGAAUUUGGAACAUGAAGGGAACUACUAUGGCUGAGAGCCUAGAAACAAACCCCAGAUGGUCUUUUCGUGGUUGGCACUAUCCUCAGGACACUCAUUGUCCUUACCUAGGGAUCAGUUUGUGGGAUUGGCAGGCCAUGGUCACAGCAGGUAGCCUUUGGCCAACACUCCAGCAUAUCACCUCAUUGCUGCUUUAAAAUUCAUGCAAAGCAGUAAAAAGCUGUGUACCUUAAGUCAGGAAAUUUCCUGGGCUAACAGCCAGUCACAACCGAGGGUCUUUGUUGUUAAGUUAGUGCCCGAUUAAGCUAAAUGUAGAUAGGCUUUCUACUAGUCUAGGAACACUCAUGGGACUCCGGAUGAGCUGUGCUGGCUGUGCUCUGCAGAGCUCCUGAGUCUCCAAGUUUCACUCUGCAGGGCCCACUAUUGCCCAGCAACCAUCCUCUUGCUGCAAUUCAAGUAAUUAAGGCCACUGCUCCAAGGUUGCAACCAGGUUGGUCUUUUGAAAUAUCUGUGGCUUAUGAAGAUCACAAGGUUUAGUUAGAAAACCUAGAAAUUCUCAAGAUUCCUCUCUUCUGGAAGGAAUAUGUGAAAAGUGAUGAUUUUGAAUUCAUCCUGUUUGAAUCAUCAAAAUAAUAAUUAGUAACACUUUGGACAAGUCAGUGGGGCCAAAGAUACAUCGUAUCUAAGAUGUCAUUCAUCAGGAAAGACCAAGAAAGUUCUUGAGAAAGGUAAUGAGAAAACUGUUAAGUGUGAAGAAUAUGCAAGGUUUGAUCUGUGGGCUGUGAGCCCAUUGCUUUGACUUUUAAACCUGUACAUUUUCCAGAAGCUAAGCACCUGGUACUGUAUGCCGUUCCUCAUGCUCUAUUUUUUUAUCCAGUGGGGAGGGGCAGUCGAAUUCUAUUCUGUGUUUUUCUGUGUCAAAGUGGAAAUAAAAGAAAGAUUCUCCAUUGAA